ACCCCGCGCCGCCUCCGCCCGGCGCCGGCCGGGGAUGUGUGUGACGGCCCCGGGGCCGGACCCCUCCGAGCGGCAGCCGAGGCUGGGUUAUGGGCAAGUCAGAAAGCCAGAUGGAUAUAACUGAAAUGAAUACUCCAAAACCAAAGAAAAAACUGAGAUGGAGUGGCCUGGAAAUAGGACUGGCUGUUGUGGUGGUUCUGCUAGCUAUUGUAGCCAUCACCAUGAUCAUUCUGUAUGCAACAUAUGAUGAUGGAGUUUGCAAGACAUCAGACUGUAUAAAAUCAGCAGCCCGAAUCCUUGAGAACAUGGACAGGAGUGCAGAGCCCUGCAGGGAUUUUUACCAGUAUGCCUGUGGGGGGUGGCUGAAGAGAAACGUGAUCCCUGAGACCAGCUCCCGGUACAGCAACUUCGACAUCUUGAGGGACGAGCUAGAGGUGGUGCUAAAAGAUGUCCUGGACACACCAAGCAAUAAUGAUAUAGCUGCAGUGCAGAAGGCAAAAACUCUGUACAGAUCCUGCAUAAAUGAAACUGCCAUUGACAGCAGAGGUGGAAAGCCUUUAAUUAGUUUGUUGCCAAACUUAUCUGACUGGCCUGUAGCAACAGUUAACUGGGAUUCCUCCUAUGGAGCUGCUUGGACAGCUGAGACAGCUAUUGCCCAGCUGAACUCCAGAUAUGGAAAAAAAGUCCUUAUUAAUUUUUUUGUCGGCACAGAUGAUAAAAAUUCCACAGCACAUAUCAUCCAUAUUGAUCAGCCUGGCCUUGGUCUGCCUUCUCGUGACUACUACGAGUGCACUGGUGCAUACAAAGAGGCAUGCACUGCCUAUGUUGAUUUCAUGAUUUCUGUAGCUAAACUAAUCCUGCAAGAAAGAAAUAUUCCUUUCAAUGAGAGUGUGGUUUCUGACCAAAUGAAAAUAAUUAUGGACCUGGAGAAGGAAAUUGCCAAUGCAACCACAAAAUCUGAGGACAGAAAUGAUCCCCUUCUGCUGUACAAUAAAAUGACCUUGGCCCAACUACAAAAGAACUUCUCACUGGAAAUUGAUCAUAAGGUAUUCAACUGGUCAAAAUUCAUCAAUGAUAUCAUGUCAACUGUGGAAAUUAACGUUGAGAACACUGAGCACGUCAUUGUUUAUGAUCCAGAAUACCUUAUCAAGCUCAAGUCUAUUCUUAAUAAAUACAAUCCCAGAGACCUUCAAAAUUACAUGAUGUGGAGAUUUGUCAUGGACCUUGUCAACAGCCUGAGCCGGAACUACAAGGACACAAGGAAUGCUUUUCGUAAGGCACUUUAUGGCACCACAUCAGAGGCCGCCGUCUGGCGCCGCUGCGCCAACUACGUCAACGGGAACCUGGAGAGCGCGGUGGGACGGCUCUACGUGCAGGAGGCCUUUGCUGGGGACAGCAAACAUGUGGUUGAGGAAAUGAUUGCAGACAUUCGUGAUGUUUUCAUAAAAACCUUAGAUGACCUUACUUGGAUGGAUGCAGAAACCAAAAAGAGAGCAGAACAAAAAGCAACAGCCAUCAGAGAGAGGAUUGGUUACCCAGAUGAGAUCGUGACUGAUGACAAUAAGCUGAACAGUGAGUACCAGGAGUUGAGCUUCAAAGAAGAAGAAUACUUUGAGAACAUUAUUCAAAAUCUAGUGUUUACCCAGAAGAAAAGAUUAAAAAAGCUUAGAGAAAAGGUGGACAAAGAGGAGUGGAUAAGUGGAGCUGCUGUUGUCAAUGCUUUCUAUUCAGCAAGCAGAAAUCAGAUAGUCUUCCCAGCUGGCAUUUUGCAGCCCCCUUUCUUCAGCGCGUCUCAGCCCAAGUCCCUGAAUUACGGUGGCAUAGGCAUGGUCAUUGGGCAUGAGAUCACACAUGGCUUCGAUGACAAUGGCAGAAAUUUUAAUGAGAAUGGAGACCUGGUCGACUGGUGGACUGAGGAAUCAGCACGGAAUUUCAAGGAGCUCUCCCAGUGCAUGGUGUACCAGUAUGGAAACUUCUCAUGGGACCUAGCAGGAGGGCAGCAUCUCAGUGGAAUCAACACACUAGGAGAGAACAUUGCUGAUAAUGGGGGUGUUAGGCAAGCAUAUAAGGCCUAUCAAAACUUUGUGAAAAAGCAUGGAAAAGAACAACUUCUUCCUGGUCUUGAAAUGAACCACCAACAGCUGUUUUUUCUGAACUUUGCACAGGUAUGGUGUGGAACAUACAGACCAGAGUAUGCUGUCAACUCCAUCAAAACUGACGUGCACAGCCCAGGCAAAUUCAGGGUCAUAGGAUCACUGCAAAACUCUCCAGAGUUUUCAGAAGCCUUUUCAUGCACCAAGACAAACUUCAUGGAUCCUGCUAAGAAGUGCCGAGUUUGGUGACAGAACUGGAAACCUUGCAUCUCCAGAAGCUUUCCAGGGAUUUCAACUAAUAUUGAAAAAGGGAGGAGGGAAGACAAUGGAGAGGAAUAUGCUAGAGUAGUCUCAGUAAUUCGUAGUGAAUGGGCAAAACAAAAAAAACCCAACCAAACCACACAUCAAAACACCAAAUGAAGGACUGAGAGCAAUGCAGCAAGGAGCUGCCAGAGCUGAGCAGCUGCUUCUGUCACCAAACCCUGUAGGACCUAAAUCACCUGUCAGUGUACAGGAAUGCUUCACCUCUACUUCAUCCUGGACCCCACUGGCUUUUUCUUUAACGUUUGAAAAUAGAACCCAUCUCCCACUGGUCAGUGAGUGCCUAUUUCUGAUCAAGCAGAAGACAAGGAGUAACAACACAGCUUUAGACAUUGUCACACGGUGACCAGACAAGGGUUUGUAUCUGUAGUGUCAGACUUUGUACCCUCUGCUCUUCCCAUAAACCUCUUCUGCCAAAUGUUUUCAUUUUUACUUGAAACCAUUUAUACAAGAGGAGUCCAAAGACCUGCUGUAAUUAACUUCUCACUAACUAUUCCAGUGUGUAUUAUCUGAAAUCACUACUUACAAGUUCAUUUACUGCUUUCCAGCCAAACUGAAAUUGUAGGUAAUUUAUUAAUUUUUAAACAUGUAAUCUGUAAGAUUGUGAUCAAAGAUCAUUUCACAGUUUUCUAAGCUUUUUCUUGCUGUCUUUAAAGUUGGUCUUUUUUUAAAGUUUCUAGUAAUGUAUAAAUCAUAGUUUUUAUAUUUAAAUCUGAGCUACACUUUUGACUUGAAGUAUUGUAAUAUAUUUUAUCAGUGGCUGCACAGAACUGGGAAAUUGGAGUAAAGCAUGGUAUCAGGCAGUAAGACAAAGUCUGCAAAACUGAGUUCUCUGCUGGAGUGAUUCCAACAUUCAAGUUUUCAGAUGACUUUCCUAAUGUUUAGGGUCUGAUCCUGCACAGAGUUUGUACAUCUGAUCAAUGUCAGUCCUCACAUCAGUAAAGCUGCACAACUGAUUGCAAGAAUGGAGCUUUAAAUAAGAAGGUAAAAGGCUUUAAAUCUGCAGUGAUAUGUAUUAAACAUCCUCAUGCAGAUUGCAAAGAAACUUACUGCUUUGUAUAUCAAAGCAAACACAUUUCCAAAAAUAAGUUCCAGAUACCUCAGAUGACUGCUACAAUAGGUGUAUUAAAAAACCUAUGUUCCUUUUAGCUUUCUAAGUUUGU